AUGCGGUCCCUUCGCCCGCGGGGCUUUCACCAACACACAUUGCCGAGCUGUGGUACCACUCAGAUGUGCGCGGCCGCGACAGUCUCGUUGCGCGUUGUCCAGCUCGUCAUCGCUCUAGCGCGCGAUGAUCUCAGACUGUCUAGAUACGACUUACACAGAUCUCUGGACACCCUUGCCGCUUUGAGCGAAGAAGACAACGUAUAUGCGCGCCUGCGGAGUCUAAGAUGGUAUCAUAAUGCCAUGACCAGUACACUUCCCACGCCAUUCUUGCGUUGUAUAUGUUCGCGGUCGCCCGCGGCGUCCCAUCCGGCGUGA